AUGGAUAUCCUGAGCUUCGAUGAAGAACGUCAUCAUCGUUCGUUUUCAGCGACCACGGGGUUGACGACGCCUAAACUCACACUGACAUCGAUUUCGACACCGAGUAUCAUUCGACCAGAGCAAAGACAACCUAUCAAAAUAAGUGAUCGUCUGCUGGACAUCCCGUGUAAAGUAUGCGGCGAUCGAAGCUCCGGCAAGCACUACGGUGUCUACGCCUGUGAUGGGUGUAGCGGGUUCUUUAAACGCAGUAUCCAUAGAAACCGGGUGUACGUCUGUAAGCAGCAAGGAAAAGGAGGAGGAGAUUGCCCCAUAGACAAGACCCAUCGCAACCAGUGCCGGGCCUGCCGGCUCAAUAAGUGCUUCGACGCCCAGAUGAAUAAAGAUGCUGUACAACACGAGCGAGGACCACGGAAGCCCAAGAACAAACCCAUCAUUCCAACAGAGAUCAGAUCAACAGGCACACCAGGCACCGUUCGAUCCCUGACCCCAUCCAGCACCACGUCACUGAGCCCCUUACCCCGUCAAACCGGGCACUCAAUCCUGCCCCUAACCGUACCGCACCGCCCGCUGCCCGCCGACAAGUCACCGCUUACAGGCUCCUCAACGCCGCUGCCUCCCCCGUCCAGUAGUUUCAUAUCUUCAUCCGUUUACUACGGGACGUUCUACCACAGCCUCCUCACCGCUGAACACUACAACAUCAACCCACUCGCGCUGGACGCCGUGCGGGAAGAUGACGGGGCCGAGGUCGGUCGGGUAAAGGGGAUUGGGUCGUCGAUUUCCACGUCGCCGGAUAACUUGCCUGAAGUGACAGCGAGGCUUAUUUUUACCUCGGUGAAAUGGGCGAAAAAUAUCACCUGUUUUCGAUUGCUGCCGUUCAGAGAUCAGCUCAUCCUUCUCGAAGAAACGUGGAAAGACUUAUUUCUGAUGGGAAUUUGCCAGUGGGCGGUUCCACUCGAAACAGACGCCCUCCUAAAGUCCCUCGCAGUCAGCAUGAGCGUGAAGGGAGAGAAGACAUCCCCCGAAACCACGGCGGAGCUCGCAUCGCAAGUCCGCUACAUGAAGGAGACGGUUGCUAAGCUACGGGCAAUGAAGGUGGAUUUCACCGAAUUUGCAUGCCUGAAAGCUGUAGCCUUGUUCAAAUCAGAAACCCCUCAUCUGAGCGAGCCCCAUCGUGUCGAAUCACUUCAAGACCAAGCCCAAGUCAUGCUGGGGGACUAUGUCCGGUAUGCUCACCUUUCCCAGCCCACUCGCUUCGGCAGACUUCUCAUCAUGCUCUCCGCUCUCCGAGCAGUCAGCAGCAAGUUUUUAGAAACCCUCUUUUUCAAGCAGACGAUAGGGGAAAUACCUAUUGAAAGAUUACUGAGCGAUAUGUUCCAGACUUGUUAGAAGAACUUUCGUAAUCAAUGCAUUUAAGCAUAUUUGAUGUAUUUUCAUAUACCGUU